UACACACACACACACACACACACACACAGAGCGAGAGGACAGAGGGAGGAACAGACCCUCAGAGGGAACAUUUUGAUGAUGGAGGAACAAACACCUUCAGCAAUACACUAACCCUCAUCCUGCCCCAUAAAAAGGACUGUGUGUGUGCGUGUGUGAGGGAGAUGGAUCUGGCACAGGACGGUUCUGGUUCCGGUUGGUGCGGUGCUUGUGAGAAUGAGAACGAGUCGUAUAACUCGGAUUACUCGGAUUACUUGGCGGGACUCCCCUCAGCCUUCAGGCACUCUGAACUUGUCGCCGUGACGACGCUGUGCGUGCCACUGCUGGUACUCGGGCUGAUGGGUAACAUUCUAACCAUCCUGGUGGUGUGGCUCCGCCCACAGAUGAGAAGCACCACCUACUUUUACCUGAGCAGCAUGGCGGUGUCUGAUAUCAUGAUGCUGGUGUUGAUGCCCCUUGACCUUUACAAGCUGUGGUGGUACCGGCCCUGGUUCCUGGGUGAUGCAGUGUGUAAACUCUCUCAGUUUGUGAGCGAGUGCUGCACUUUCUCUUCCAUCCUGCACAUGACCGCGCUGGGGGCGGAGCGUUACGUGGGUGUGUGUUUCCCGCUCAGAGCCCGCCUCCUGGUGACGCGAGGCCGUGUCAGAGUGCUGAUCGGUGCUCUGUGGGCCGUGGCGGCCCUGAGUGCGGGCCCCGUGCUGGUGUUAGUAGGCGUGGAGCGUGUGGAAGGUAACCUGACCGAGUGCCGUGUGACUCGGUGGGCGGAGUCUUCGGGCCUGAUGGUGGCCAUGUUGUGGCUCUCUAACCUGUAUUUCAUCAUCCCGCUGACCACGCUCACGCUGCUCUACACGCUAAUCGCCCGAAGACUCCGCCAGCGCAGACAUGUACCCCGAGACCACACCCACCGCCAGACUCUGCGAAUGAUGGUGGUGAUCGUGUGUGUGUUUGUGGUGUGUUGGUUGCCCUUCCAUGUCGCCCGUACGCUGUUCUGUUUGUCUCUUAACUCCAGCUAUCAGGUGUAUUUCCUGUCUCAGUACCUGAACCUCGUCUCCUUCGUGCUGUUCUACUGCAGCGCCGCCGUCAACCCGCUGCUCUACAACAUCAUGUCCUCCCGUUACCGUGACAACGUCCGCGCCCUGCUCCGCCCCCGCACACGACCCCUGCCAGCUCCCUCCCCUUCCAGCACACACUUUUGACCUGUGUGUGUGUGUGUGUGUGUGUGAUGUCAUUUAAAUGAAUUCUGGGAAGAAUUUGGUGCUUACCAGGAAAUGAACCCCCAGAGAACACCUCUGUGUGUGUGUGUGUGUGUGUGUGUGUGUGUUUUCUGUCCCUCUGUGAGGGCUCUGUUCUAAAUGCUAGUGUUUAGAAAGGGUAUGUGUGUGUGUGUGUGUGUGUGUGUGUAAUUCAGCUGAGACUCACAUGGUUUUAGCUGCUGUGCAAAUUGGCCUAUAAUAAAAAAUGCACGUACACACACACACACACACACACACACACACUUUUGGCUUAUGGCACGGAG